GCCAACAUUUCCCAGUUGGGUUGAGGGGUUAGAGCAGUUAGGGUUAAUAUCCGCUGAACAGUGGUCAUAAAAAACAGACAUAAACUUUUCUUUACCGACAGCCGCCGUCAUGUCCAACAACAAUGCCAGCAACAACCUGAUCAUCGCUCAGAGGGCCGUGAAGCAGCUCCGGUUAGAGGCCAGUACCCGGAGGAUCAAGGUGUCUCAGGCUGCCGCUGAGCUGAGAAACUUCUGUCUGCAAAAUGCCUCCAAGGAUCCUCUCCUGAUGGGGGUCCCCUCCAGUGAUAAUCCCUUCAGACCCCCCAAGUCCUGCUCCCUCUUUUAAAAGCAAAGAGGAACAUGGAGGAUUUCAGACUUUUUCUAUUGAAGGCUUUCUUCACUUUAACUUGAUGCCGCUGUAGAUCUACCAGCAGCUCCUCCUGGGAUGACGGGGAAAUUGGUCCAGUUGUUUGCCAAGAAACUAUUGGUAUCAUUGAUCCCAUCUGUUACACUCAGACAUGGCCAAACUACAUGUUAAACUGUUAUUGACACUAACUUGAGUAAUUAUUAAGCCGUUGUUGGUUUAAAAAUGUCUGGUCACCCUUUGUUGACUUCAUGCCUCUGCUCAGUGAAAUUCACUUUAUGAGAUGGGAUACAGAAAGUGCAACUUCCUUUUUUACUUUGUGGCAAGAGAUUCAACAAUCAAACAUUAUUUAAAAUGGGUGCUGCUCAAGAAUAUAUGAGAUACAUAAAUAAGUAAGUAAAUAAAUAAAUAUAUAUACACACACUAUUUCAUAUUGUGUGACUUUACAAAGCACUACAAGCAUGAAAUUAGGUAAAAUUAGGUAAAAGUGUUUGUGGCCAACUGAUGUAAUAAUAGUUUUUACAGCUGAAGGUGUUUUAGUUUUACAUAUUUGUGGCAGUGAAUAUGGUAUUACUACUAUUCUGAGAUGCAGCAACAUGGUACAGACUUUAAACCUAUCACAUGUAAGACAAAUGAUUGUCAUUUCUUCUUUCAGCCCAUCCAUUUUUGUGUAUAUAUUAAUGUCCUGGUUGCUUUUAUCAGCCUCUUUGUUAUUGUUUGUCACAUCAGAUACACAAAGGCUAUGUUCAUGUUUGUGAACUUAUAAUUAUAUGUCAUAAACCUGGCUGCAGUCACUUGUAAUUCAGUUAUUUUACACACUGGAAUCAUCCAAUCAACCAAACCAUGUCUUUAACUUUGCUACUGUGCACAACCUUUUAGAAAUUAAACAGUCCUUUCAACACUGA